GUCGGUGUGUCAAGAUGCCUGAGGUUGCUAAGUCCGCUCCGGUUCCCAAGAAGGGGUCGAAGAAGGCCAUCACCAAGACCCAGAAGAAAGGAGACAAGAAGCGCAAGAAGAGCAGGAAGGAGAGCUACUCCAUCUACGUCUACAAGGUGCUGAAGCAGGUCCACCCCGACACCGGCAUUUCCUCCAAGGCCAUGAGCAUCAUGAACUCCUUCGUCAACGACAUCUUCGAGCGCAUCGCGUCUGAGGCUUCCCGCCUAGUCCAUUAUAACAAGCGCUCCACCAUCACUUCCCGGGAGAUCCAGACGGCCGUGCGCCUCUUGUUGCCGGGGGAGUUGGCCAAGCACGCUGUGUCUGAGGGCACUAAGGCGGUCACCAAGUACACCAGCUCCAAGUAAACUGACAAACCGCUCUACCUUAAAACUUACCCAACGGCUCUUUUAAGAGCCACACACUGCUUCUGCAAAGACUGAGGUCUGAGUUUCGAACUGUAAAACUGAGGCAAGUUUUAUAAUUGUAAGCAUAUAUACUAAUCACUUUUAAGCACUCCCUGGAUGUGGUGUAAAUAUAGUCUUGUUGGUAACCACUGUGCUUAAACCUGUUCCUUGUAAUAAUAAUCGAAUUAGUAACCACUGUGCUUAAGCCCAUUUCUUGUAAUAAAUCAGCCCUGGAAGUGGCAAGAUAUUUUUUUGUA